AUGGCUUCCGGAGGCAAGGCCGUUGGUAUCGACUUGGGUACCACGUACUCGUGUGUCGCUUACUACUCUAAUGACAAGAUCGAGAUCAUCGCAAACGACCAGGGUAACAGAACAACCCCAUCUUUUGUCGGUUUCACCGACACGGAGCGUCUGAUCGGAGAUGCGGCCAAGAACCAGGUCGCAAUGAACCCCCACAACACCGUCUUCGACGCCAAGCGUCUCAUUGGACGCAAGUUCAACGACUCCGAGGUGCAGGCUGAUAUGAAGCACUUCCCGUUCAAGGUUGUCGACAAGAACGGCAAGCCUGCCAUUCAGGUCGAGUUCAAGGGUGAGACCAAGACCUUCACUCCCGAGGAGAUCUCUGCCAUGGUUCUCACCAAGAUGCGUGAGACCGCUGAGUCUUUCUUGGGUGGCCAGGUCAACAACGCUGUUGUCACCGUCCCCGCCUACUUCAACGACUCCCAGCGUCAGGCGACCAAGGACGCCGGUCUUAUUGCCGGCCUCAACGUCCUUCGCAUCAUCAACGAGCCCACUGCGGCUGCCAUCGCCUACGGUCUUGACAAGAAGGCCGAAGGUGAACGCAACGUUCUCAUCUUCGAUCUUGGUGGUGGUACCUUCGAUGUGUCCCUUCUGACCAUUGAGGAGGGCAUCUUCGAGGUCAAGUCCACCGCUGGUGACACUCACUUGGGUGGUGAGGACUUCGAUAACCGUCUCGUCAACCACUUCGUCAACGAGUUCAAGCGCAAGCACAAGAAGGACCUGUCCACCAACGCCCGCGCUCUGCGCCGUCUCCGCACCGCUUGCGAGCGUGCCAAGCGCACCCUGUCCUCGUCUGCCCAGACCUCUAUCGAGAUCGACUCGCUCUACGAGGGUAUUGACUUCUACACCUCCAUCACCCGUGCCCGCUUCGAGGAGCUUUGCCAGGAUCUGUUCCGCUCCACCAUCCAGCCCGUCGACCGUGUCCUCACCGACGCCAAGAUCGACAAGUCCCAGGUCCACGAGAUCGUACUGGUCGGAGGUUCCACCCGUAUCCCCCGCAUCCAGAAGCUUAUCUCCGACUACUUCAACGGCAAGGAGCCCAACAAGUCCAUCAACCCCGAUGAGGCUGUUGCCUACGGUGCCGCUGUCCAGGCCGCCAUUCUGUCUGGUGACACCUCUUCCAAGAGCACCAACGAGAUCUUGCUUCUCGAUGUCGCUCCCCUCUCUCUCGGUAUCGAGACCGCUGGUGGCAUGAUGACCAAGCUCAUUCCCCGCAACACCACCAUCCCCACCAAGAAGUCUGAGGUCUUCUCCACCUUCUCCGACAACCAGCCUGGUGUCCUCAUCCAGGUCUACGAGGGUGAGCGCCAGCGCACCAAGGACAACAACCUUCUCGGCAAGUUCGAGCUUACCGGCAUUCCCCCCGCUCCCCGCGGUGUUCCCCAGAUUGAGGUCACCUUCGAUCUUGAUGCCAACGGUAUCAUGAACGUCUCUGCCGUUGAGAAGGGCACCGGCAAGUCCAACAAGAUUGUCAUCACCAACGACAAGGGCCGUCUCUCCAAGGAGGACAUCGAGCGCAUGCUUGCUGAGGCCGAGAAGUUCAAGGAUGAGGACGAGGCUGAGGCUCGCCGUGUCUCUGCCAAGAACGGCCUUGAGUCUUACGCUUACUCCCUGCGCAACACCCUCAGCGACUCCAAGGUCGACGAGAAGCUUGACGCUGACGACAAGGAGAAGCUCAAGGCUGAGAUCGACCAGAUCGUCACCUGGCUCGACGAGAACCAGCAGGCUACUCGCGAGGAGUACGAGGAGCGCCAGAAGGAGCUCGAGGGCGUUGCCAACCCCAUCAUGAUGAAGUUCUACGGCAGCGCUGGCGGUCCCCCUGGUGCCGGCGGCGCCCCUGGUGGCUUCCCCGGUGCUGGUGCUGGUGGCCCCCCGGGCGCCUCUGACGACGGUCCUACCGUCGAGGAGGUCGACUAA